AUGGCGCGCUCCCGCUUCUUCGUCGUGGGCUUCGACGUCCACGGCGGCGAUCGGUGCUGCUACCCGUCGUCGUCUUCGGGCUACUCGCCAUGCGCCGCGUCGCCGGAGUACACGUCGCUGAGCUCCGCCGGCAGCGCGGGGUCCACGGAGUACACGCCCCUGACGCCGUCGUCGCAGCGAGCCGCGUCUACGGACUACACUCCGUCGAGCCCUUCGCGACGGGCCGCGUCGCCGGACUACACGCCCCUGAGUCCUCCUCGGCGCGCUGCUCCGCCGCACUACACGCCCGCGGAGACUCCGCCGCAACGUGCUGCUUCACCGGCCUACACGCCCGCGGAGACUCCGCCGCAACGUGCUGCUUCACCGGCCUACACGCCCGAGACUCCACCACGACGUGCUGCUUCACCGGACUACACGCCCGAGACUCCACCACGACGUGCUGCUUCACCGGACUACACGCCCGAGACUCCACCACGACAUGCUGCGUCGCCGGACUACUCGCCCCUGAGCCCUCCCCGGCGCGCCGCAUCGCCGGACUACACCCCCAGCACCCCGCCUCCAUCGCCGCUGGUGUCAGACGCCGAGUCGCGCACGUCUCCGACGCCUCGCCGCCACCACCCGUACCAGAGGAGCGGCGCCGGCGCAUGCUCCGCGCGCGCGAGCAGGACCAGCGGCCGCCGGCGUCAACGUGUCUUUUCCCUGUAUGGAUACUAG